CACUUUUUAAGACUUCUCAUAAUCUGAAGCAUGAUUUAGGCUCUAUCAAUAGAAUGAAACAGGUGGGAAUCUGGCGUUAAAAAUUUAAGUUAUUUUCUCUGGAAUUGUCACUUGGGCUGAUAUUUUACGCCUUCUAUAAUGGGAGAAGAUCAAUUUUAUGAGAGGCACAGACUGCUAUUAAUGAAGAGAGCUAGGCAGCCUAAGCAUGAUGAUUAGGGAUGAAUAUGCAAAACUGGACUGGAAAAGAAAUUAAUUAUGCGUUAAAGUAAGCUAAUGGAAGACUAAAUCAAAUUAGACGGUACUGAAGAGAAGUGUGGCUUAUGUCAGCUACUGAACCUUUGUAUAGACUUGUCAAAGUGAAGUAUUAUUAGUGUUAGGAAGAAGACAGAACAAGGCUAGUUGGUAGAUUAGGUUUAAAAGAGGUUCUUUGAUUUUUAUUAACAGUUAAAAGUAUAAAAACAGAUUUUUAUCAGUUACAGCUGCGGUACUGAAUGACUUUCAAAAAUACGGUAAGGAAGCACCAAAGGUUGUCAUACUCCUCUUCUAAAGACCUCUACACAUCUCUACCAUCUCUCCAUCACCCCUAUUCUCUCCAACGCCAAAUUAUCCAUCGAAUGGAGAAUCCCCCAAAUCUCCCUCCACUACCUUUCUCUACUCUCCAUCCAAAUUCUCCAAUCCCAUUUCUCAUCCAAAUUGCUCACCAUUCCACCCUAUUACCACCCCCAAGAGUCAGUUUUUAA